AUGACAUUACAAUCAUCUAUAUCAGCAAAAGCAAUUACAUCAUCUCAAACAGCAAAAUCAACUGCAUCAACACAAUCAACAAAUUUAAACAAAUUAUUGCAGUCUAUUUCUUUAACUAAAAAAAAAAAAGCUGAUGCAGCAACUUCUGACCUUUCCAUGACUACUACUAGCAAUAAGUUUAGCAAACAAUCAUCUAUGAGUUUUUCACAAGUUAUUGUCAACUCUUCUCUUUUCACUGUUCUUCAUAAUGAAAAUCUAG